UGCGGCGUCCCGUGUUCUCUGUGCGUCCCUGACGGUAAAUUCGCACCGGAACAUACCCGGGAAAAAAUAAUACGCCACGAGCUCCCACCAAACUCCCAAAUCCCCCGAGAGUCCCCAGAAAACCGUUGUCACGUUAAAAAAAAAUUCCAAAAUCGUGAAAAUCACGUGAAAAAGUGGUGAAACCGUCGAGAAAGGUUGAAAAAACUUGGGCAUUGUGAGCGCUAAAGCGGAAGUGAAGCCGACGUAGCCCCUGGGGUUGCGUUUGGGAAUUCGACGAUUGCACCGAGAGCCGAGAGAGAGGUGGGAAGUGAGUGCCAUCUUGGAUUGAGUGCGAGGCAUCGGCGGCUUUUUUCGGUCUUUUCGUUGACGAGUUUAUUAUUCGCUGAGUUUAUUAAUCUUGGGGGGAAGACACAACUGUUGGGGUUGAGCCAUCGAAAAUGCUAUUGCACGAGGAUUAUUGUACCUUGGUUGUUGACAGAAGAAUCCGGCCAGUUGAAUACUAACCCUUUCAGUGGAUUCCAACCACGUCUGCAGGGGUUUUGAGCAAUAACUUCGGCAUUGUUGGAUCGGAGAGGGGAUUCAGAGAGGAUUGGAGGUACUGGGCAAGAUGGAGGGUGACGAUGGCCCCGUGGUCAUCAACAACAAUCCCAGCGUGAUCAAAGCUGCUCAAGAGGAGAUGGGUCGCCUGGACGUGCUGGUCUGCGGGCAGUGUCACUCAGUAUUCCACUUUAUCGAGCAGUUCCAGGAGCACCGCUCCAAGGAGGGUGCCUGCUCGAAGACCUCCCACUUCCGUGACAACGGUAACAACGAACAAAAGGCCCAGGUAUGGGCAUUCCUCCUGUGGAAGGACUCCCAGAUCCAGCAGGAGGGCUCAGACAAGGACUCCUCCAACUCCUGGAAGCUCUACCAGAAGUGGUGCAAGAUGGAGGCGAACAUCAGGGAGUCGUGGGUGACAGCUGGCAAGACCAUUCAGAAUUUCACGAGAAUCAGCAAUGCCAAGAUGCAGGAGGCACCACGUCAGAUGCAGACGACAGAUGGAAUUAAAUCGACAGUUGUUGUUCGAAAAGUCAUAAGAAAUGGUCAGCCCGAGGACAACGAAACCAAGAAGACGAUGAAGGCUGAUCCAGCGAAGCCAGAGCCCCAGCAGCAGUCAUUCCUGGAGAAGAAGCCCCUUCAGCCACGUCCCAAGACCUUCGUAAAGCCCAAAACAAAGCCAGGAAAAGCACCUGGUGAAGAGGAAGAGGAGAAUCAGGAGGAGUUUGCUGUCGAAAAGAUCAUGGCAAAACGAUACAACACGAAGAAGAAGUGCGCUGAGUUCCUUCUCAAGUGGGAGGGCUACACCACAGAGCACAACUCGUGGGAGUCUGCUGAGGUCGUCAACACUUGUAAAUACCUUCUGGAGGAAUUUGAGAGGAAUUUGGCGAAGCAGAAGGAGCUUAAGGAACUGAAGGCUCAACAGCAGCUGCAGAUGCAGCAGCAGCAUCAGCAGGGAACUGUCACGAAGGUUGUGGCAAGGCCUGUCAUUCAGAAGACGUUGAUCAAGCCUGAGAUCAGCAAACCUGGACCUAGUACUGCUGCUCAAACCGUCAGGCCUAUGAGGUCCAGCAAGUCCAAGGCGAUGGAUCAGGUGAAGCAGUGGUGUGGAUCCAUGAAGGACGAAGAGAGUGAUCUCCUGGGAAAAAGGAGAAUCGAGUCAACGGAUUCUGACUCCGAGGACGCGACAGCUCCUAAAAGACCGAAAGUAGACACUGCAAGUGACGAGGACUGGACCGGAGAGUCCGAGGAGGAGAGGCUCAUGGGAAGGAGUGAUGUUAUUCAGAGGGCAUUCAACAGGGCGAAUGCCCAGUCCAAUGGCUCCAACAAGACUGUUGUGACGACGACAGAAGUUACGACUGCACAGACUCCAGUGCUGGUGGCCAAUGCCAAGGGGGUGGUCAAGGUCGAUCCCAAGCAGAUGGGAGAUCUGUCGUCUGGAGUUUACGUUUUAUCGAGGAAGGAGGGAAUCAUCAAAUUGGAUUCAACGCCCAGUGGAAAGAUCUCGGUGAAGGGGGCACCUGGGGGCCAGGGGGUCCUCAUGGUCCAGAAUAGAGAGGGUGGAACUGUUGUCAGGAAGCAGGUGCUCUCUGCCACACAGGCGAAUUCAAUCACUCCGGUUAAAGUUGUGUCUAAGGCUGAUGGGAGCCAGGUCGUGACCCAGAUGAAAGUGAUCUCCAAGCCAGUGACUACGGCCAAACCGCGCCCCUCUGUCUCCCCAAAAAUCGAGCCCAUAAAGAUUCAGCCAAAGCCCGAGCCCACCCAGAUCCAGCCAAUUCACCUGGUAACAACAGUCCAGCAACAAGUGGGCAUUCAGCCCCGUCUGACCCCGACCCCCAUAAUCCGCCCGACCCCCCAAUCCCCUCAGCCCCCGAAGACCCCGGACUCCCGUCCCCUCCUGCCAAGGCCCACAAUCCGCCAGGCCACCCCCACCAGCGUCCUCGGUGUUGCCCAGGUGCGCACCCCAGUGCGAGCACCAGCACCAAAGGCCUCACCCCAGCCUCAGCCACGUCAAGUCCUGACGAAACGAAUAAUCCCAGCCUCAGCGGCUCCCCAGAUACCCCAGGUCAGGGCAAAAUACACAGUGGUUAAUUCGCAAUCAGGCCCAGUGGUAAAAACCCUUCCCUCAGUCCCUCACCCACCAAAACCCACGCCAAAACCCCCAGCAAAGGCUCCCCAGAGUCUCCUGUCACCCCAGCAAAAGCUAUUAAUGGCGAAACGAAAAGCUCAAGAAGCUGCUGGAGUUGUUGGAGGGAUAAAGGCCCCGGGUAGAACCCUGGUGGCCCAGAACAAACAGGUACCAAGGGCUCGAGGGAAGGUGCCAGUGGCCCCUCAAGCCUCAGUGAAACCUAAGGAAACUAAAAUAGUUGAAGGUGAUGGCCUUCACAUGGAGUUCCAGGAGGUGGGGUCUGAGGACAGCUCUGAGGAGCACGAGACACCGGCCCCAGCACCUCAAGCUGAAACAACACAACAGGUGGAGCCUGAGAGCCCCAGACCCUUCACCCUGUGUCCUUUAACUGGAAGGAUCAUUGGGCCUGAUGGUGAGCCCAUGGAGACGGGUGAGGGACCAGAGCCUGAACCUGUGAGUUUGACUACAGCAGCUGGACUACAGGCUGUUGUCACACCUGUUACUAGUGCUGGAGGGGUGGUACCUGGGGAUUCUGCUGUUGUGAGUGUUGCUGAGGCUACACCAACGACGACUGAAUUGAUUUUACCUACUUUGGAGUCGUUGGGCGAUGCUGGAGGGGUGAUGAGGGUGGAGAUGAGUCCUGGUGGCACCACUGGAACCAUUGUCCAAGGGGAAGGGGGCAUCAGUCUGUCUGGUGUUGGUGCUGGCAGUGAUCUACCGUGUCUCGAUGACACUGUCACAACUGCUGUUAGUUCUAAUGUCUCGACUGUUACGACAGCCUCUGGGGGACAGGGAAUUGUCACUGAAGGGGUCACCAUUCCUACGACUUCAGUGUCAACAGCUACUCCUGGGGAAAUUACUUCUGAUGUUAAGGAGGAGGAGAGGAGGGUCGAGGAUCCAUCGAAUCUUGUCACUAUCACUGGGGAGGAUGGGGUGGUCUAUCAGGUAACUGGACAUGGUGAGGAUGGACAAACUUUGUUGGUGACUCGUGGGGCUGAUGGGGAACAACAGUGUGUCUAUGUCACGACGGAUCAGCAGGGUGAGGAUGGCUCGGUGCUGACGUUGGAUCAUGCUGUUGCUGAGGCUGUUGCACAGCUCAUUCCUGAUCAGGUUAAUUUGGGAUCGCAGUUCUAUGUUAAGGAGGGGGAGGAGACUGCGGGGGAGAAUCAGGUCGUCAUGUCGAUUAUGGAGGGCAGUGGGACACAGAGCACCGAGGACUCGGAGGGACAGGCACAGGUGGUGGCACAGGUCGUACAGGCUGAUGAUCCAACUCCUGGUGGCACUAGACGAGUAGUUCUCCUUCUCCCAGACGGCAACCUGAUGAUGACAGAAGUAGACGAAGAACAAUACGCAGCCCUCGAGCUCGACAAAUGAGACGAUGAGGUCCCUCCGCAACAAUUGUGUAACGACUAAACCUCGUGAACAAUGAAGAAACAAAUAUUGUUGAUGUAUAUAUGUAAGAAUGUUUCAACCUCGUACCUCGAGGAAAAGGAGAGCCCCAGGGAGAACUUUUUCAUCACCUAGACUGUGCAGGUACAAAGCCCCAUCCAAUUGAAAAGAAACGAAGAAAAAAACCAAUUGACCAUUUGACGAGGGUGACAGACAUCUGAAAAAAUCCCACAGAAUGAAUGAAGAAACUUCAUUAAUCUAGGCACUAGAUUAAUAAAACAAAAACGUACUCUAGACGUUUAUGUUUCAGUGUAUAAGAUUAAAAAACAGUUAUUUCUUGAGUUUUAAUUUUUACUGAAUAGUGAUUAUCAUAAAAAAAACAUAACAGAUAUCAUAUAGAGUCCAUCACUUUGCAGAUAAUAAAUGGAGGAGGAUAUUUAAGUUGAGAUGAGGGGAAUGUAUUUUAAGAGAAUUUAGAUAUCAAUCAGAAAUUUUAUAUAUUUUCAGAAUAACACCAGCUUGAGGAGAAUGUUGUUGACAAAUUCAUUCAUUGAAAAAAUUUUUUUCAUUUGAUUCAGAUUGAAAAAUAAAUAAUGAUGAAACGAGAGAAAUAAAAUUUAUUAUCGCAGCUGGUGGCACAAAGUUUAAUUAACGAAUUGAGGAUGACGUAUUUGUAGAAUGGUAUGAAACCAACGGUUACGUUCUUGCGAAUGUAAUUGCCCUCUCCCGAUUAAAUUAAUGAAUCAAAUAAAUCGAUAAGUGUAGUUACUCGAUUAAUCAAUCUCUUUCUUUUAUCUUUGAGGAUUGUGGGAGGGAGUUCAAUUGGAGAGAGAGAUUGAACGAAAUGUGAGAGACGUGAGUGAGUGUGCGAGUGAGAGCUUCAGUGAGUUUGAGGGAUGGAGACUUCUACAUAAGCAUAAACGAUGUACGAGUAUAAUAAAUACAUUCUUACACGGAUAAUUGGA